AUCCCAAUAUAUAUUAUUGUUUCGAUUCUCAGCUAAGCCCACCAUUAAAUUAGACGCCAAACCAAUGGGUUGUUCUAACUCUAAGUCGACAAUCAAACUGACCGACGAAGACGUCGAGUUUCUUAGAAAGAAUACUAAUUAUACUGAGAAAGAGAUCCGCGACUGGUAUAAGGGUUUUCAGGUGGACUGUCCCGACGGCAAACUCUCCAAAGAGAAAUUCAUGGAAAUAUAUCAGGGAUUCUUCAAAGGAGGGAAUCCCGAAAGAUUCUGCGAACACGUCUACCGCACCUUCGAUGAAGACGCCAACGGAUGGAUCGACUUCAAGGAGUUCCUGCUGGCCAUCGGCAUCACCACCAGUACUAAUCCGCGCGAAAAGCUUAAGUGGGCCUUCAAAAUGUACGCCCAAACAAACUUAACCAUUAAUAAUGCAAACGCUAUUAAUUAUUGGUCUUCUCUAAUGAUUUGUGUGCCCGAAGUGUUGGCAGAUCUCCGGUCGAGCACUGAGUUCACUGAGGCUGAGAUACAGGAGUGGUAUAAAGGCUUUCUGAAGGACUGUCCGAGCGGUCACCUCAGUAUCGAUGAGUUCAAAAAAAUAUACGGAAACUUCUUUCCUUACGGCGACGCCUCGCGCUUUGCUGAACACGUCUUUCGCACUUUCGAUGCCAACGGCGACGGGACUAUCGACUUCCGAGAGUUUUUGUGCGCCCUUUCGGUCACAUCGAGAGGAAAGUUAGAGCAGAAGCUGAAGUGGGCGUUCAGUAUGUAUGACUUGGAUGGCAAUGGAUUUAUUAGCCGACAAGAGAUGCUAGAAAUAGUAACUGCCAUCUAUAAGAUGGUGGGUUCGGUGAUGAAAAUGCCUGACGACGAGUCCACACCCGAGAAGAGAACCGACAAAAUAUUCCGACAAAUGGAUAAGAACUCCGACGGAAAGCUAUCGCUGGAGGAGUUCAUCGAAGGCGCCAAAAGUGAUCCAUCGAUCGUACGAUUACUUCAAUGUGAUUCUCAAACGUGAUAAUAGGAUUCCUUACAACAGAUUUUGUCUUCAAUUCUCUAUUUAAACAACAAAUUAACCACUUUUUCAGACCUGAUAUUAUAUGACAUGACAUGACUUUUACUCAAUAUUAAAUUAUUAUAAUUAUAUUAUUAUAAUUACUAUAUAUUAUAUUUGAAGCACAGAAUUCGCAAUCAAUUUUCAAACCAAACAUAACUUGAAAAAUAAUAAUAUUAACCAUAUUUACGAUAUUUUAAAAUUGAUAACAAUUUUUAACAAUUAUACUAUAAUUAAAAAACAUUAUCUUUCGAUGGAUUUGUCAGUCGAAACCUCCUGUGCCUCACAUUUGUAUUAUACACAUAACGAAAACACAUUCAUUGUGUGGACAAAUAUUUCUCUCAAUCAAACUCUAUGAACAAAGAAUACAUUAUUUUUUGUCAAUA